AUGAGCCGCUGCCCACGGAGGAGUUCGGGGGAUCGGGAGCCGCUGAAGCACGAGGAAGUUGGCACAAGUUUCAGAGUAAAACGGACUUUUAACCGGCGGCCGAGGCGCUGCGGGGAGUGUGGGAGGAAGCUUCAAAAGAUGGUGCAUGACAUCAAGAAAAAUGAAAGUGGGAUAAUAAACAAGUUCAAAAAGUUCCAAAAUGAACAAGUGGCCUUAAUUUGCAAAACUGGGAAAGAUACUUGGGAUCGUCUAAAAAAGAAGCCUCCACCAAGUCUACCACAAAGGGAUUAUGCUUCAGAACAUGCAGACAAUGAAGAGGAUCAAUGGUCAGAUGAUUUCGACAGUGAUUAUGAAAAUCCAGAUGACCACUCUGACUCUGAGAUGUAUGUGAUCCCCAGUGAAGAGAACCCUGAUGACAGCUAUGAGCCACCUCCAAGUGAGAAGGAGAAAAAGAAGAUUCCCUCUGCAUUCCCUAUUUCUAGGGGUGAAUAUGCAGACAAUCGCACCAGUCACCAGCAGCUUCCUCCCAUCAACAAACCUCUCCCCAGUACACCCAGUCCAGCCACAUCCAGACCAAAGAAACCAUGUGUACCAUCCCUGCCACUGCCACCAUCUGCUGCAAAACCCAAAGUACCACCAAAGCCCAAGGAGUGUAGUGACGAUGAGGAUAACUACAUUGUACCAGUGGACAAUGAUGAUGAUAACUAUAUUGAACCCACAGAAAGCAGCACGUCACUACCUACAAGAACUCCUGUGAACAGAUUUAUGAAGACAACAAAGCCAGCUCCCCCUACUUCUCCAAAGCCAUCUCUUACUUCUGAUAUGCAAGAAGUCUACGAGGUUCCUGAAGAAGAGGAAAAACCAUCACCACCACCAGCAAACAGGUUUGCUAAGCCACUUCUGUCUAUGACUGCUCAGAAUCCAGAGCACUCCCACAUGCACAGCAUGACCAGAGAGCUACCUAAGCCGGAUACUUCCAGAAAUAUUUUGCCUCUUCCCAGAAGUCGUCUCCCUCCAAAACCAGACCAUGAAGCAAAUAGUAAUGAUGAAAAUCAGAGCUUCAAUUCCACACAAGAAUCCAGAUUUCCCACUGGAGCAGCUCCAUCUCCAUUACCAAGGGGCCUCAAGAAAACUUCUAAUUUGGGAAACUCACCAAAACCAUGUUUACCUUCCAAAGAGAACUUAACUGUAAAUGAAGAGAGACCUACAGCAGCAGAACGACGAAGAGGUUCCAGUCAAGAGCUUCCACUCCCACCCCUGCCAAGUGGUGCCCAGAAGCCUCUGCUCCAAAAGCCCUCGAUUCUACCAAAAGUGCCAGAAGUUCCAAACCGUUCUCUGGGUACUUCCCCUCACAGCAGCACUUCAUCUGUUCCGAGUUUUGCAGACCAGGAUGCUGGUGUUCACAGUAAAGCAUGGUAUGCUGCUACCUGUGAUAGGAAAAUGGCAGAAGAUGCAUUGUACCGAUCAAACAGGGAUGGAUCUUUUCUAAUAAGAAAGAGCUCUGGCCAGGACUCACGACAGCCAUACACACUGGUGGUGUUUUACAACAGAAGAGUAUACAACAUUCCUAUACGAUUCAUUGAAUCAACAAGACAAUAUGCACUGGGCAGAGAAAAAAGUGGUGAAGAGCGCUUUGACAGUGUUGCAGAAAUAGUGGAGAAUCACCAGCGCACCUCCCUGGUCCUCAUUGACAGCCAGAACAACACAAAAGACUCAACAAAACUGAAACACAUUGUCAGAGUUUCUUAA